AUGGCAACUUUAGCUGAGCAGGCAUCUAAAUUGUUGGACUUUAAUCAGAAACUGGAUAUAAUGCUUCUCGACAAUAUAGUAGGGUGUAUGUACACUGGAAUAGGUGAGGAACAAAGGGUCGCCCAAGAAGUAUUAACAACGCUCAAGGAACAUCCAAACGCUUGGACACGGGUGGAUGCUAUUCUGGAGUACUCACAGAAUCAGCAAACGAAAUAUUAUGGCUUGCAAAUACUGGAGCAAGUCAUAAAGACACGAUGGAAAGUAUUACCGAGAAAUCAGUGCGAGGGGAUAAAGAAAUAUAUUGUAGGCCUUAUCAUAAAAACGAGCAGUGAUCCAUUGACGAUGGAGGCUUCCAAGGUUUACCUCAACAAACUCAACAUGAUUCUUGUGCAAGUAUUAAAGCGCGAAUGGCCGAAAAACUGGGAAUCCUUUAUCAGUGACAUUGUUGGCGCGAGUAAAACUAAUGAGAGUCUCUGUCAGAACAACAUGGCCAUCCUGAAGCUCCUGUCGGAAGAGGUGUUUGACUUUUCCAGCGGACAAAUGACUCAGACGAAAGCGAAGCAUCUGAAGGAUACGAUGUGCAGCGAAUUCUCACAGAUAUUCCAGCUUUGCCAGUUCGUGAUGGAUAAUUCGCAGAAUGUUCCACUAGUGGCGGCAACCUUGGAAACGCUACUGAGGUUUUUAAACUGGAUACCCCUUGGAUAUAUUUUCGAAACUAAAUUAAUAACUACAUUAAUAUUCAAGUUUUUGAACGUACCGAUAUUUCGGAAUGUUACUCUAAAGUGUCUUACCGAAAUCGCGGCCGUCACUGCUACCGUGCCCACGAAUUACGACGACAUGUUCGUCGUCUUGUUCAUAAACACGAUGCAACAGCUUGAGCAGAUGCUUCCGUUGGAGACCAAUAUACGUGAGGCAUACGCAGCUGGUCAGGAUCAAGAGCAGAAUUUUAUCCAGAAUUUGGCCAUGUUUCUUUGUACUUAUCUAAAAGAUCACGGCGAGCUGAUAGAGAAGAAGCAGCUGAAUGACACGUUGCUGAAGGCUUUGCACUAUCUCGUUCUCAUUUCCGAGGUGGAGGAGGUUGAGAUAUUUAAAAUCUGUUUAGAAUAUUGGAACGGACUGGCCGCCGAUUUGUACAAAGAAAAUUCCUUCGUGGCUACCUCGCCACUCUUCAUGGCCAAGAACAUGACAAUUCCUCCACGGAGAUUAUUUUACUCUCAAGUUUUAACUAAGGUGCGAUACAUCAUGAUCAGCCGAAUGGCGAAACCCGAGGAAGUACUAGUUGUAGAAAAUGAGAACGGAGAGGUCGUCAGGGAAUUUAUGAAGGACACAGAUUCUAUAAAUCUUUAUAAAAACAUGAGAGAGACUCUCGUGUAUCUCACUCAUCUCGAUUACAUGGACACGGAGCGUGUGAUGACGGAGAAGCUGCAGAACCAAGUUAACGGUACAGAAUGGUCAUGGAAAAAUCUCAAUACGUUGUGCUGGGCAAUAGGCAGUAUUUCCGGUGCUAUGCAUGAGGAGGACGAAAAACGUUUUUUAGUAACAGUAAUCAAGGAUUUGCUCGGUCUCUGUGAACAGAAGAAGGGAAAAGAUAACAAAGCUAUAAUUGCCAGUAACAUCAUGUACGUUGUUGGCCAAUACCCACGGUUUCUACGAGCCCACUGGAAAUUUUUAAAGACUGUUGUAAAUAAACUUUUUGAGUUUAUGCAUGAAACGCAUGACGGAGUGCAAGAUAUGGCCUGCGAUACUUUUAUCAAAAUAGCACUAAAAUGUAGACGACAUUUUGUUACUGUACAAAUAGGGGAAGCGAUGCCAUUUAUUGAAGAAAUUCUUUCUACAAUUAGCGCAAUUAUAUGCGAUCUACAGACACAACAGGUACACACAUUCUAUGAAGCGGUUGGUUACAUGAUAAGUGCUCAAGCUGAUACUGUAAUACAAGAACAGUUAAUUGAAAAAUAUAUGCUGCUUCCUAAUCAAGUUUGGGACGAUAUUAUAAGUCAAGCAUCUAAAAACGUGGAUGUCUUGAAAGAUCAAGAAGCCGUGAAACAACUCGCCAGCAUUUUAAAAACAAAUGUCAGGGCUUGCAAAGCUCUUGGACAUCCAUACGUGAUACAGUUAGGAAAAAUAUACUUAGAUAUGUUGAAUGUUUAUAAGGUUAUGAGUGAAAAUAUAAGUGCUGCGAUAGCUGUAAAUGGCGAAAUAGUAAUGAAACAACCCUUAAUUAAAAGUAUGAGGGUAGUUAAAAAGGAAACGUUGAAAUUAAUCUCCGAUUGGGUGAGCAGGACGAACGAUCAUCAAAUGGUAUUGGAAAACUUUAUACCGCCAUUACUAGAUGCCGUUCUGUUGGAUUAUCAAAAGACAAACGUUCAUUGUGCUAGAGAGCCUGAAGUGCUUAGUGCUAUGGCCACUAUAGUAAACAAAUUAGAAGCCCAUAUCACUAGUGAGGUGCCGAAGAUAUUUGAUGCAGUAUUUGAAUGUACUUUAGAAAUGAUAAACAAAGACUUCGAGGAGUUUCCUGAACACAGAACAAAUUUUUUCCUUCUCCUACAAGCAGUGAACGUUCACUGUUUUCCUGCUUUUCUUUCAAUUCCACCAGCCCAGUUUAAGCUGGUACUUGACUCGAUUAUUUGGGCUUUUAAACAUACAAUGAGAAACGUAGCGGACACAGGAUUACAAAUUCUUUAUCAACUUUUAUUAAACAUCGAGAUGCACGAGCGAGCAGCUCAGAGUUUCUAUCAGACAUAUUUUACGGAUAUCCUACAGCAUAUAUUCAGUGUUGUCACAGACACGUCACACACAGCAGGCCUUACAAUGCACGCUACAAUUCUCGCUUACAUGUUUCUCCUGAUUGAACGUGGAAAGAUUCAUGUGCCACUCGGUCCUGCACCCGAUAAUACUUUAUAUAUACAGGAAUUCGUCGCAAGAUUGCUCAGAGCAGCCUUCCCGCAUUUAACCGAUAAUCAGAUUAAGAUAACUGUGCAAGGAUUAUUCCAUCUUAAUCAAGAUAUCACUGCGUUUAAGGAACAUCUCAGAGAUUUUCUCGUGCAAAUCAAAGAAUAUACAGGUGAGGAUGAUUCCGAGCUCUACUUGGAGGAACGGGAAACCGCAUUACGGCUAGCCCAGGAAGAGAAGAGGCGGCAGCAAAUGGCAGUACCUGGCAUGCUUAAUCCUCACGAAAUGCCAGAAGAGAUGCAGGACUGAAUCCAUAGUCCCUAUUGAUCGUCUUCUGCACUCAUUUGAACUAUGAAAGAAACAUUGUUAUAAAAGAAUUAUUGUAUUCUUUCGAGCUGUAAUUAUCCCUGCGACAUCACCGUUUCACUACACCAUUUCAGAUAAAUAUGAAUUAUUUACUAAAACUGAAUCUGCAGACCUAUCACAUUCUUGUUACAGGAAGUAAGCCCGAGACAUGGUGACUGUUUGUCUGUUAUAGGAUUUUACAGAAAAUUGAAUUUCCGUUAAUGGAUAAUGGGACAAUUGCCUGCUAGUGAUGCUAUUUCAUGUAACGAAAAAAAACACAAAGAAUAUCGCUUCUCCAAGAAGUCUAUUAUCUAAAAAAAACGAUCUAUCUUCUCUAAGAUGAAACUUUUGCAUAUUAAUUUCCAUUAAUCAGAAUUGUAAAAAAGUGGAAAUGGAAAAAAAGAAAAAAAUGUUACCAUUCUUCAUUAGUGUCAAAUUAACUCGAUAUAUAUUUCUCAUACGAUGAUAACAGAUUUCCACGAAAACGUGUAAUACUGUUUGUAUUCAAUUUCGUUUUUUAGCGUCUGUAUGCGAGUUAUGAGAAAAACACUGUAGUAAACAGAAUUAUUUCAUUGCACAUCCUUGGUCUCUUAAAUUUACUGUUGAAUGAAUAUGUAUGUAUGUAUGUAAGCUUACUUGUGAUAGCUUAUACUAAUGUAUUGGUACAUGAAUUGAUACAUUGUUAUAAUAUAAACAAUACAAAGGAAAAAAAGGUUUCUUCCUGUUUUGUAUUUUUUACUCAGCAAAAAGAGAUAUUCUUCAUUUGUAUUAUAUACUGAAGAUGUGUAUCAUCGUUCAACUCUAUUGACACCAAUAAAAUUAUUUCUAUUUCCGAAA